GAUCUUGUCUGAUAAUUAACUAAUUAUUCAUUAACCGUUUCGUCUAAAUGAAAAAUAUAUUACUUAUUCGAUACAUUGCUUGUUUUUUCAUCCUUGUCCACAAAUUAUCAUAUUCUCGCAAAAAUUCCCUUUAUUUCGAAUGUGCACGAUAAAAAUCAGUGGGGUACGAUAAAAUACGAUAAUUUUAAACACGCGGUACGAUAUUUUAGGCUUGUCGACCUGGCAACGCUGGGGAGCAUGCACACUAUCCGCCGUGCAGUUGCGACGUCGUAACUGCCAGCAUACGGUCGUUUUUUGUUAGCAUGUCCCUCUAGGCCGCAACUGUGCCGCAGUCGUACAUGCGAUCUCUCAGUACUCUAUUGGCCUGCGCACACAUACGACGUUUGUCGUGAGUUCGCACAAUGGCAGAGGCAGAGAGGGAAUUGGAUAUUGAGCUCUUCAUUGAAGAAAUUAAGCAAUAUCCAGAAAUAUGGAAUGUGGGUGAUGAAAAUUACCACGAUAGGACUAAGAAGAGAGCAGCAUGGACAAAUAUCUGUUGUUUGUUCAGCGAUAAUUUUGAACAGAAGGAUGACAGGGAUAGAAACGAAAUUCGCAACAAAUUGAUUAAAAAGUGGAGGAAUAUAAGAGACAGCUAUUCCAGAAAUAUAAAAAGAAGCACCAAGUCUGGACAGGCAGCUGACGUAAACAAAAAAUAUAUUUAUGCUAGGCAGUUAUCCUUCCUUGGAUCUAGUGGGGCCUCAACUGAAACCCAGUCUAGCUUAGCUCAAGAAGAUGACAAUCAAUCUGAAGAAACGGUGGAAUCAGAGGCGUCAGAUAGUCCAAAAUACGAUCGAAGGAGUUCACUGAAACGUAAAAGAAACGCGGAGUCCGCGUUGAUAGACUUCAUGACGCAGCCUAUGCCUACGCCGCCUCCAGUUUCAGAACCUGAUCCGGACAGAUCGUUUUUCGAAAGUGUCCUUCCUUCAAUCAGAAACUUUGACGAGGACCAAAAAAUUGAAUUUCGCUGUGAAGUAUUGAAAAUAAUCAAACGAAUGAGGAAUAUACAUCAAAAUGAGGAAAAACCGCAAUUCAUAACUGAGUGUAUUAGUCUAUGACUUCCGGCAAACACAGAAAGAAACUAGAGUUGUAGAGAAAGGUUAUUGUCUCAAACCCCAACAUGCAAAUUUUCAGGGUGUAUGGUAUGUCCAUUAUAUUUCCAAUUAAUUAAUAAGGUCCUGAAUUAUAAUUUUUGCUGGUGACUCUGAGAUUUAUCUCUCCUCAUAUGCUAAUUUUCAAAAUAUGUGUAUAAACGAAAAUAUUCCCAAUAUAAGAUUAAUGUUUACUAUUGAAACGUUGUUUUUUUCUACCUUCUUGUUAUAAAUUCCAGUAUGUACAGUGGUUUCUAGCAGCCAUUCCCAAAUAAGAUACAAGUAGUUCAACGAUAUCUCUCAUUUCUCAGUUGAGAAUAAAUCAACUUUUUAUACUUCCAUCCUUUAGCUCUUAUCGUAAUUAUUCAAUUUUUUUCCGAUCUAAUUAAUUGAAAUUUCAUAAUUAUAAUUAAUUACUACCGGAAUACACUCGCCUACAAUUUUCCAUCCAUUCCUGAGAACGAUGAUUAACAAUUUUUGCUUAUUGAGAAAUUAUUCAAUUUUGUAGUACAAUUUUUCUCAAAUCAGUCAUCGAUAAUUAUUAUUCAUGUUUCCUGAGAAACUUUAUGGUUUUUAGUAACUUCGGGAAAACUUUUGAGUUAGU